AUGUGUUCGUCUUUUACUUUCCCUCAUCCGACUACUACAACCGAUGAUCUCAAGAACCUUUAUAAAGUGUAUGGGGUCGAUCGUUCCGUCGUCCUUGAUUUGGCCGGUGCGCAUGAGACUGCCGAAACCGUGAGUGAGGGCUACUACAGAGCUUAUCUUUCAUUCUUUCACUCAUGCGGUCUUAUCUUCCCGAUCCCGGAGCCAAUACUCGAGGUCCUGGCGGGGCUUGGGCAUCUCGUCGCCUUCUUGGUUAAGGCUAGGGAGGAGGGUCUUGCUUUUGGUCUUAGCGAGUUUCGUCAGUUCGUUCUGGUGAAGCGGAAUAAUCAGAAUCCUGUUACUUUCCUCGUGUCUCCGCGCCUGGGUUGCCACGUUAUCGAGGACAUCCCUUAUCGCGACGAGAAGUUGGAUGAGAUCCGUGUUCUGAUGAGAGUCCUUCGGAGGGGUCAUUCGAACUGGUUUAGUUUCGAUCAAACUCGGAUUCAAACUGUCUUUGCCUUGCCGGCGGGGAUCAACAGGGCUCCUUUGGUUGAGGAGUCUGAAGACGAGGCCGAACAUUCCCAGGAGGUUGAAGGGACUCUUUCUGUUCAGACCCAGUCUUCAGAUCGGCUAACUAGGCAGCUUGUGAGGAGGUCAUCGUUCCGAACUUCUGGGUCUGCAUCGAGGGGCCAAGCUUCCGGAAAAUCUCCCUUGAUCUCGAUUCAUGAUUCCGACGACGAAGACGUUUCAGGAGGGACUCGACCUCCUGUCUCAUUGAGUCCUAGUUCAGAAGACGAGACGGUGGCGGCGACUCGCAAGCAACGUCGGUCAUCGGAGGGUGCCUUGCCCGGUUCGUCUCGUCCUAGGUUCGUUUCUGAGGGAGAUGGUUCUUCGUUUGCGGCCCAAAGCGACCUAAUUUCCCUCGCUGGUCGCAUGAGUUCUGCGGGUUGUCGUCUCCCAUCUCUCGCUUCCUCGGUGGAGAGGGAAGCCUACGCCAAGGUUACUGUGGCGAGCUCUAAGGUGAUGGAAGCUUUUAAUGAGUAUGUCGUGACGAUGGAAGAUCAUGUCGUGGCUUCUCGGAACGACAAGGAAAUCGAGAGCAUCGGUUUUGAGAUCAAGAGGCUUUCGGAGGAGCUCGAAGCCACUAAGCAAGAAGGGAAGAAGGAUGCCGAGAAGAUCGAAGCUUUGACUGAGGACUGGAGGAGAGUCCAUCUGGAGAAUGAGGCUCUCACGACCCAGAUGGUUGCUCAAAGGGCAAGUAUUGCGGCGCUCAAAGUCGAGAGAGAUCUGGACAUUCGCCGUGCUUCUCGCAUUGCUCUUCACGAUAUCGCGGCAAAGUAUCGGGAAGUUCUCAAAUCUUUGAAGGGUAGGUGGGCGAGCAAGAAGAAAGAAGUGUCUGCUGAGAUCCGGCUACAAGAAGUGACUGCCAACAUCGAUCUCCUGAACGAGCUUAAGGAUGGGGGCCUGACUGUGGAUGCGGAGCUUGCACGAUUAAAGGGAAUGGAAUGA